CGCCCGGUCCGCUACGUAAUCGACAUAUAUUUUUUCGCGCGCGUUUUGUCCAAUAUCGAUAUGCCCAAACACAACCAGUUAGGUUAAUGUGUUGAUACUUAAUAGCACAGACCCAUAUCCUGUCAUUAGCAAACGACACACAUCCGCCAACACGGCCGGCCGUAUAAAUGUAUUCAUACUUCUUAAUUUGUUUGUAAUAUCCCGGAUUGUCGUUAAGGUAUACAUUAUCGAAUGUACACAUUAAUGCUAAAGUCUAGCAAUUAUACCACCGAAAAUGUAAAGAAUGUAUUAGAUUUAAUGUAUUGAUACUUAAUAGCAUGAAUAUUAUAUAUAAUGAACCAAUUUAAGAGCCUGGCCGAAAGAGCCGGCAGCUCUUCAGUGUUUCUCCAGCCUUAUAGCUCUUCGCACCACAACCGUUCUCGCGCUCCGUGUUUAAAACGUUUUUAUUCAGUGUUCUUCAUUUCUCGUAUACUUUUAAUCAUGGCCGGUUCAAUCGCUAACAUGAAAAAACACUACAAUCAGAAAAGUUUUACAUAUGUACCACCAACACCGCCUGCAGAGCUCAUCGACUGUGAUAAUUUCAUACUUGACUUCGUUGAUCCAGCAACACCGAGAACCGCGUGGGGGCCGAUGUGCGAGCCUACAGAUCCGUCGUCUUCGUGUACGUUAUCUGAAUUAGAGGAUGUCGAUGUCACAGCGAUCAGUCACGAACGACUCAAAGACUUGACGGGCGAAGUGUUGAAUGCGGUUCUGGACAAAGACAGCGUAUUAGGAGACCUACCUAAUAACGUGACGUUGGGAGAAGUCGAUUUACAAAUCGCAAUCGAACACGGUCGAGCGAUAACCGUGUACUUGGAACGCUUUGACGGCAUUGUCAUCCCGAUUGUCGUACAAAAGAAUGGAGCAAAAGUGGGAGACUUGAAAAAAAGCAUCGAGAGAAAAAUGACAUUACAUUUAAAAAGAGCUGAUGAAAGAUCAACCAUCAGUUGGAGACGAAUAUGGAAAACAUAUUGGUUGAGUUGUAAUGGAAUAAAGUUAAAGCAUAAUAAUGAUUUAAUAUCAAAGUAUGUGGAAAACAAUUCAAAACUAGUAUUUGUAAAGCGAUUUAGAGAAAAAAAUAUUCACGAUCAGUAACUUAAAAAUGAGUACUUUAAUAUUAAAAUAUUUAUACAAUAAUUUAUAAAUAAAAAAAUGAAAAAAACCAA